GCCGGGAGCGCGUUAAGCCCGCGUCCCCCGCCCGGGAUGGACUGAGCCUCGCCGGCGGCUCGCGCGGACUCAGCUUCUGCUUUCGCCGGGUCCCGCGGGGCCGGGCCGGGCUGGGCUCCGGGUGCGGGGCUCCCCAGGCACCGUCUCGUUUCGUUCCUCGUAGACCAUCCCGGGCUGGCGAUCGCUCGAGGUGGGCGAUGUCCGGCGGCCGGAGGAGAGGCAGUGCCCCCUGGCACAGCUUCUCCCGGUUCUUCGCUGCCCGAAAUCCUUCCCGGGACAAGGAAGAGGAAGAGGAGGAGAAGCCGGGGACGAGCCAGCCGCCCGCCCCGGGCCGCGGCCCUGCCAGUGUUGAAAAUGAGCCCAUGAACACAAGUCAGAAAAAGGAAAACGUACUGUCAACAUCAGAAGCAGUAAAGAUUCACCAAAAUGAGGAUAAAAGAAACCAUGCUGAGAAGCAAGUCGUCCUUCCAACACCGGACGAUCUCAGAAAGCCAAAUGACCUUUUGAAUAGCACUACAGAUACCAAAACAGGAGAAAGUGACAAACAACCCAAAGAAAGCUUUUUUCAGUUUCUUGGUAACUUAUUCAAUAUCUCAGGAAAAUCAUCACUUGGGGAAGCUAAGCAGUCUUUUAAAGAUGAUCACGAUAAAACUGAGAAAGAUUCACAGACUCAUGGGAACUCUCAUGAGGAAGAGAAGAAAAGGGAGAGGGAGACUUUCAGUGGCUUACUGGGAACCCAGGCACAUCCAGUGGAAGAACAAGAGUCCAACUCUACUGAACUCUCAGAUGCUUUUUCUCUGGAUACUACACAUGACAGUGAACAGGAAACCACUGACUUACUGAAACAAACCAACAGUAAACUAGAGAGUCCUUCAGUAACAUACGCAACCUAUCGGGGGCCUCGACAAAUUAGGAAAUAUUUUAAGCAACAGACCAUAUUGGAAGCUGUGAGUCCCUUAGGCAGAGAAAGUUCUGACUCUAGUACAGACACACAUCUUGGCCCUGGACGUGAAGUUGAGGCAGACACUGUGCCAUUGACACCAGCCAGCACAGAUGCAUCUAAGAAAGGAUAUUUGCUUGAAGAUCCAUUAGGAGACUCUGAUUGUAGCAACAUUAAUCUCAACCCAGAAAACCAAGUGAUACAUAAUCUACAACUGCAGAAUAUUGUUUCCUCUAAGGAUGUUUUAAAUAAAAAUGAUACUGGGGCCCCUGAGAGAAAUCAGUCAUCUGCUUCUGUGACUAACUCCAGCUACACCGUUGGAGAAUCUGACUUACAGCCCCAUUUAUGUUCAACAUUGCUGACAGGAAGUCAGAGCCACAAAGUCCCUUGUAGUUCAGAAUUUCCGAGGAAAAGAACAGUAAAAAAUACCAUGAGAGAAAACAGCUCUGUGAUGAAUGAUGAGACAUUGGUGCCAAGAGAGGAAGAUGUUGAGUCGCAGAGACCUCCUGCCUCUCAUUUCUCUUGUAGUGCACCUGAUGGGAGUGACACUGCCAAACUGGAAAGUACAAAUUUGCUACGUCCAAAUAAAUCAACUAGGCACAGAGAUCUGCAGUUGCCAGAGAAUAAGUGUUCUGACAAGCAAACUGCAGAUAACUCAUCAGAGCAGGCUGCCAGUCACACCAGCACCACCGCUCUCCAGGGACAUGCUAUGACAGACACAGGACUUGUAAAUGAAGGAAACUGGUUGUUUGCCCAAGACUCACAGAAAAAUGUGCCUGUUAAAGAAAUCAAGCAGGAAACACAAAGUGCCUCCAGUGCUAAACCUACCAUGUCAAUUCACGUCAAAACUCUAGAAGACAAAACUGAAUCAUUACCCAAAGAUAUUGACCAGUUAUUUGGAAAGGAAGCCAAAAGGCUUGAUUUGGGACUGAAUAACAGAAAUCCUCACAUAAAGGGACUAAAUCAAAGGAACCCUGCUUCUACAAAAUGUACCAGUGAAUCAACAGCUGUAACGUGUGUUGAAGAGAAAAUACCUGAACUGAAUUUGGAAAUGAACAGAAACCACAUUUCAGAAGCUUCUCUUUGCUUUGAGAAUCCACAGUAUUCCAAAGUAUCACCUGAUGCUAAACAAUCUCCUAGUAAUCAUAACUAUAAAAAUUGUAGUACCUCACCACCUACCUUUAUUUCUGGAAGCAGUGUGCUGAGCGAGGUGGAUACCCGGGUUUUAAACACCGAGGAAUCUUCUGUGCUCCUUGAAACGGGAGAUGUCAAUGUUGUUGAUAUUUCCCAUCAGCCUGGUAAGGAUCAAGAGGAAUAUGUAGCAAAUUGUGUGAAGGCUGAAGAUCAGAAGAGUCUUCCUCCUCUUCAUCUUCAGCAGGCAUCAUCUGGAAUUCUUGCAUCCAAGGAAGUUCUUCUUGAUGGUGAAAAAUCACAGUAUCCACUGGAUCCUGAAACCAAAAUCUUGGACUCAACUGGGGUGCCACCUUUGAACUUGGAGCCUGGAAGCCUCCCUAAGGAUCACUGUUCCAUUUCAUCUCAUGAUAUUAAUAACGCAGAGUUAGUGCUUUCAAACACUGAAACAAAUAGGAGCAUCAUUGCAAAGUCUGCUUCCUUUUCCUUAGAAACCAAAACGAUGGACACUGCUAGAAUCUCAUCAAAAACUGAGGUUGAUGAUGGUCAGCACAGUGCUCCUGGAAGAGCAAAAUCUUUGGCCUUGUCCAAUGUAGCUGUUUGCCAAACAGAACCCAAAGACAUUUCUCCAGCUCAGUUUUCUUUUUCUCCAUUAGAAAUUGCAGAUGAGACUGUGAAAACUGUUUCAUCAGAAUUAACUUCUUUAAAGAAUGCACAUGACAAAAAUAUUCAAUCAAUGGAUCCUAAACAAAUUAAAGAAAAAUGCUCAAGUGUGAGCAUUAAAGAGAAUUUCCAGGCAGAAAUUUCUCUUCCUGCCUCCAAACACCAAGGUACACAAGAAAACAAGGUAGAGGCCUUUGGUGAUCUUACUAAAGAACUAAUUUGUAAAACUAAUUUGCCAGAGACAUUCCCAGAUCCUGAUAAGAGAAAAAGCACUCAGAAUAUGGCGCAGAAUCGUGAUGCCAACAUUUGUAUGGUUAGUCAGUCUUCAAGUAUAUGUGGGACUGAAAAGAAUAAUGUUCCCUCAGAAAUGGUAGACAUAACCUUAACUAUUACUUCCCCACAGUCCCAACAAACUGAUACUACAAAAAUAAAUACACCUUUUCUGGGUUCUGCUUUGGGUUUGGAAAAGGAUACAUUUGUAUCUGAGAACUCAAGCUCAUUUAAUGUGCCUUCUGUGCUGAAAUCAGAAAAGCAAGCCUCAUUUCACAGGAGAGAGGAUCCACAUUGUCUGAGUCAUAGUACUGAGAGUACGUCUUCUUUCUCCCUUCACCAUGAGGAAUUUAGUGUAGUUAGAAAUUCACAUGAUCCCCCUAGUAAUGUUGAUUCUGUGAAAAUGGCCACAGAUCUCACACACAAAGAUGCUUCCAUAACUAACCUGCGGGACCCUGAUAGCUCUUAUUUGGAAUUGGAGAAAACUAUCCCAAUAGGGGCAGAAGUGACCUCACAUCAGGAACACUUUGAGAUUCCUACUGGGAAAAUAUCCCUUGCUUUCCCAACUGCUGCCCAUGUUGAUUAUCCCAUGGAAGCAGAGACUAGAGCAGUUGCUGGGGCUCCGGCGACAGUUAACAGCUCAUACCAGCAGUGUUCUGAAACUUGUGCUGAGCAUAUAGAAGCAAGGAGAAGAGCACAUGACCAACCUUUGGUCCUUGAAAGUGGUUUACUCAUUGACAAGGCUGACACGUUGAUUGAGGAGAUUUUUAAUUCUGUCAGGGAAGAACUAAAAUACAAACACAUUGUUGGUACCUGCCAGGAGCAUAUAACCACAGGUGGUAUAAUGAAUACUGGUUCCCUGAAAGAAGACCUCCCCGAGCAAAACCCAUCAGAAAUGACAUUGACAGGGAUCCAACCUAAAAACUGUUUGGAAGAGCAGGACAUGGAAAGUGGGUCAGAAGUUGAAGAAGAAGAAAAGGCCUGUGUUUCCCAUGCAGUCGGUGAGACAAGUCUCCAUUUUGAUUUUGAUAGAAUGAAUGUAUCUUGUUUGAUAGAAGAUCAAGCUAGAGAAUUAGUCAAUGAGGUUAUUUAUUCAGCACAAGAAAAUUUAAUAAAUGAUGCUUUUGAAGAUACUGAGGACACCUGGGAUUCUGAACCUCAGGCUAAUACCUCAAAGAUUCUGAACAGUGAUAGUGUGAAGCCACGUGAUAUAGUUAGGGACUUCUUGGUAUCAGAGCAGACAAUAAAUCAAAACACACAUGCAAUUAGUGAAAAUAAAAGGUUAAGUAAAUUCUUCUCCGUAAGUAACUUAGUUCAUGACACAGAGUCAAUUAAAGGAAGAGAAAUUGUUCUCUACCAAAAAACCCAACUUUUUGGAAGUAGAGCUGGACAGUCUGAGAGUAUGAAUUUGCAAGAAUCAGAUACGGCUUUACAAGCUGAAAAUGUGUUCCAUCAAGAGCUCGAUGACCAGAUACAAACACAUGUAUUUGUCAAUGAAGACUGUAAGCAAAGAGCAGAAGGAGAGCACAUAGAUAAGCAUAAAAUGAGGGAGGAACGAACAGGGAUGCUUGUAUUGAAUUUCAAAUGGCCUCCGCUUGUGAAUGAUGACAUCCAUGUUCCUGGCACAUCCAAAAGCAGUUUGUCCGAUAGUCUUGUGUGUGUAUCUGAAAAAAGCUUGCCGGAGCAUAGUAAAAGCACACUCCUUGCUAUGUCAGAAAUAGGAAGGGAACACAGAAAGGAUAAUGAAGUAAGUGUAGGAAAGAUGGAGUCUCUCCCAUCCGUAUUAGAAAUAGGAAAAACAAACAGAAAGGAUGCAGAAUUAAAUAUAAAAUACAAAGCAGCCCCUCUUACGUUAGAUACUGAUAGAACACAUAAAAAUGAUGCUGAAGUAAAUGUUACCAAAACUGAGCCCACAGCUGACAUUUUUAAAAUGAGAGAAGUAUACCGAAUGGAUACUGGGAGAUAUAUUGAAAAACCUGAGAGGUUACCUGUCACCUUAGAAAUGGAUAAAGGUCAUAAGGUGGAUACUGAAGGGGAUAUGUGCAAACUUGAGGUGAUGCCUUUUUUGUCAGAAGUGAAGAACAUCCACCAGAAAGAUGCUGAGGGGGAUAUUGUAAAGACUGAGGUGGCCCCUGUACCACUAGAGAUAGAAAGUAUUUACCAAAAGCAUGCAGAAGGAGAUGUUGGAAAGACUGUCAUGGCAUCUGUUAUGUCAGAAGUAGAAAGUAUCUAUCUGAAGGAUGAUGAUGAGAUUACUGAAAAGGCUGUAGCCAUACCUGCUACAUACCUGGAAGAUAGUCACCAAAAGAAUGAGGAAGGAGGUGCUGUAAAGAAUGAAGUGACAUGUAUGGAAUUACAAAUGGAAGAUAUUUCCCCAAAAGAUACUGAAAGAAGUACUGACAAAACUAAAGUGAUAGCCGUGACGUUAGAAGCCAUAGAGACUUGCCAAGAAGAUGCCAAAGGGGAUACUGGAAAGACUGAGAGACAUGUGUUGGAAAUGGAAUCAACAUAUGAAAAAGUUGCUGAUGAUGUUUUUAGGAAUACUGCUAUGAUACCUUUAGUGUCAGAAGUAAAAGAAUCACACAAGGAAGCAGCACUUGCUUCCUUGGAAGUGGAAAAAAAAGAUCAACGGGAUGCUACAAAGACUACUAGAAAAAUUGUGGCCCUGCCUUCUCAGGUAGAAAUGGAAAUAACAUCCCAAGAAGAUUCUAGUAGGAAUAGUGGGAGACAUGAAGCACUCCCUACAGAGAUAAAGGUUGAGAAAACACAUGGAACAAGACCAGAAUUGACUGUGACACAAGCAGAAGCCAUGCCUCCUAGAUGUGAAACACCCCAAGAAUAUGCAGAAACAAGUGUUGAAAAAAUGGAAGAACCCACAGGAAUAAGGGAAGGCUUGAUAUUGCACGAUGAUAGACUUGCCUCCCAUUUCCGGGGAUAUGAAUCACCUACAUUAAGUAAGGAUUAUGAGGGCUACCCGGCUUUAUCAGUGCCAGAUUUUCAACCUGAGGACAGAGUUGUAAGGCUCAACAAAAUUGUGUCACUUACUGCAGUUUAUGACAAAAGAAGUGAACUAGACUGUAGCCAUGAAAAGGGGGAAUCUAACUUAGCCUUUGUUUCUCAGGAUGAACAAGAGAAUUCUUCCUUUACUAUAUUAUAUGAAGAGCCCCUUCGUGAUGAGGACAAAUGUGCAUCUGCAGAAGUAAGAGGAACACAGUCUCUCUUAUUUCCUGACAUGUCAGCUGACAGAAGGCCAGUCCUGGCCUGUGAAAGGUCUGAAAGUCGAACUGACCUCGUCCAUCAUUUUGAAAAAGAAACUAAAUUAGGUGAGACGUAUGAUGGCGAUAGCUCGGAAAUGUUCUUAUCAGUGGAGGCCAAGAGGUACAAAAUUUAUCCCUUGGCUUUGAGUCCCAUUUAUGAGGAUGACAGUUCACAGGAGGACAUUCUGUCCAGUGAGGUCUCACCUGGUCAUCAUGGGUCCACGAAAUCGAGAGAGAGUGCCAACCAGUCCUCUUCCGUUCUGUCACUUCUCCAGUCUGUAUCAGAGCGCUUAAAGAUGAAUUUUGAUGAAGAUGAUAGGCAGGUAGCUGAGGAAGAGGAGGAUGAGCAAGAAGCAUUGAAUAAAGGCCUGGGAGCUCAAAGAAGGGAGCAUGUUACCUUCCACCUGCCAGAUCCGUCCUUCCCAUUUUAUCCUGAUGAAGACCAGGAAAGCCCUGAAUUUUCUACAAAUUCAUAUGCAACCCCACAUGAACCCACACCCUCAAAUAUGCCCACUGGUCUGUGGUCAGAGAAGGCUUCCUUCCUACAGAAAUGUGACCUUACUUCUAGAUUGCAUUCUUCUUUAAAGAAUGUUUAUCAUCAUUAUUUACGGACUUCCAAAAUUUCCUCAGAAAAAGCCAGAUUUAGUGGAAUUUUUCAGGAGCCGGUGUCACAAUAUUUCCAUGUUCAAGACAACUCAGGCAGAUUGAGUCCAUACAUGGAGAAUGUUGACAGACAAACUCUGAGAUGUAACCCCCGGCCUGGGAAGAUGGUUAUCUAUGAUCUCCAUGGAAAUAACUAUAAACAAGAGAUCUACUGUACUAUCCCUGAUGCUACAGCAUGGCCUUUUCCAAAUGGAGUACUGAUAAAAGUUGUAAGGGGCUGCUGGAUUUUAUAUGAGAAGCCACAUUUCCAAGGUCAGAAAUGUGUGUUAGAGGAAGGAGAAAAGGUAUUAACUCAUGACUGGUUUCUUCAGAGCAGAAAGCAUCCACAAAGAAACUUUGUACUGGGUUCUAUCAAACGUGUCUUAAAGGAUUGCAACAUUCCAGAGAUAGAGCUAUGCCUGAAGUCUGACCCAGCAUGUUGUCCUAUCUACAUACAACGAGCAGUCCCCAAUUUGGAAGAAUUGAAUAUCCCCCAAUUCAUGUCUUGUACUGUCAAGUCAGGAGUUUGGCUUGCCUAUUCAGACAUUAAUUUUAAGGGUCAAGCUACAGUUUUGGAGGAAGAUCAAGGCCUCCCUGAGAUUUCUGCUUCGGAGAUGAAAUCAUUAUAUCCACUUCAAAUGGGUGGUCUAAAAGUGGAAAUGCCCAUGAACUUAAAGGUUAUUAUUUAUGAAAAGCCUCACUUCUAUGGACAGGCCAAAGAGUUUAGUGAGCAUAUAGAUUCUGUUACUAAUUUUUUAGAAAAUGAUAGUGAUUUCAAGGCGAUUGGAUCAAUUCGUGUCAUCGGUGGAGUGUGGGUUGCCUAUGAAAAAGAACAUUUUAAAGGUCAGCAGUUCCUACUUGAAGAAGGAGACUUUGAAGACAGUAAUGCUUGUGGGGCAUUAUGUGGCCCCAUCUUGUCUUUCCGGUACUUGCAAGCUAAUUUUAUAGAAUCUUCAAUCACACUGUUUGAAUCUGACCUUGAAAGUGGGAAGUUUAUUGAUAUUACAAAUCAGGACAUUUCUGACUUGGAAGAUAUUGGCUAUGGCAUUGAAACAAGAUCCAUUCAUGUGAAAAGUGGAGUAUGGGUUGCCUACCAGCAGAAAUUCUAUUGUGGAGAGCAGUACAUUUUAGAGAAGGGGAAAUACAAAUGCUUUUUUGACUGGGGAGGAUCAAAUAAUAUAAUCUUGUCAAUUAGACCUGUCCAACUGGAACCACUUGGAAUAAAUGAGCCGCCACAUUGGCUUAAAGUGUUCAAUAAACCAGGGUUCCAAGGAGAAUGUAUAGAUUUUAUAAAAGAAAUUGCUGAUUUUGAUUCAUUCACGCCUUGUUCUUUUAAAGUUCUCCGAGGCUGCUGGCUCUUGUAUUACCAAGAGGAUUUUUUUGAUCAUCAGUGUGUGUUGGAAGAAGGUCUCUAUGCUGAUCUUAGUUCCUGUGGCUGUCCAUCAUCUAGAGUCAAAGCCCUCAAGCCCAUUGACUAUGUUUUUGAAGAACCCUCCAUCAGUCUUUUUGCUUUGGAACACUGUGAGGGGCGAGAGUUACAUCUGGAAGAGGCUGUGAAUUCCGUGUUGAACAAGGAUCUGCACUUCUAUACCCAAUCUGUGUGGGUGAAGAGUGGACUCUGGAUAGCGUAUGAAGGAUCCAAUUUCUUGGGAAGACAGAUUCUACUUGAACCUAACGAGAUCCCAAAUUGGACAGCAUUUAGUGGGUGGAAAACAAUUGGCUCCCUCCGUCCUAUGAAGCAGCCUGCAGUAUACAUCAGAAUAAAGAACCGAGCCCAGGAUAAAUACCUGACAGUGACUGGAAAUCUAGCUGACACCAGGGCAAUGUCUGUUUGCAUCUCUCCCUAUAACGGAAAGGACACUCAGAUCUGGCACUACUGUCGAGGACUCUUUAAAUCCAAGGCUAGUGAUACAUGCCUUGAUGUGAUUGGGGGCCGAGACACACCUGGAGCUAAGGUAGCUCUAUGGACAGAGCAUGGUCAAUUCAGGCAGAAGUGGAGGUUGAAUAAAAAUGGAACCAUCAGCUCUUAUCUCAGCGAUCAACUUGUCCUUGAUGUGAAAGGAGGAAGUUAUUAUGACAAGACUCAUGUCAUUAUAAAUCAGCCCCUGGAGGGGGAAGAAACACAGAUAUGGGACAUUGAAAUAUUGUGAGUCAACAGAAUCUCUGCGAAGUGCAAUGGAACCUCACUUCCCUCAUCUCCUGGCACAAAUGGAAAGGAAGCAACUGUAUCUUUGGUCUAUUGGACAACUUAGUGGAAGGAACUUUUUCCUAAGUUUUAAGACAGGUUGCUCUUUAACCAUGGAAAGGCUCAAAAUAUUCUUAUCAACUAUUCAGUGUUCCUAUGACAAAAAUGUUACCAUGUUCAGUUGUAAGUGAUCAAGUUUCCUGAAGCUGGUAUUCUCUCUCCUAACCAUCAGAUACGAAUCCUCUUUUUGAUGGCCCAUUACAGGUGAUGCUGUCAGCUGUAUUAUGAGUUUUUCUAUCAUUAACCACUUGUGAGAAGGCUCCUACACGUUAUCUCACUUUUGCAGAAAGAUGAAUAAUUUCUUAGCAAUAUUUGAAGGUGUACUUAGUAAUAAGCCUUCCUGGUAAGCUGCUAUUGUAUGUAAAGUUUCUACAUUGAAGCUUUAUAAUUAAAACACCCUGCAAGUAUUUAUACUUUUAACUGGCUCCAAAAAGUGACCUUGGCUUUGUUAGGUAAAAGGCAUCCAUAAUGGAGUAUUUCCUGUGAUGGUUCUCUACUCCUAUGUUUCAAACCAGUUUCAAACUAGAGCGCCCACCACCUUGCACACCAGCAUUAACACGAUGUCCCUCGAGGUGACAAGUUCCUUAACAAUGGUCACCUAUCCAGGUGCUGAGACCUCAUCCUAGGUUUUGCCCAAUUUGCCCUUACUAGUAGUCAAUUUUUUUUCUUUGCUUGAAGUAAAAGGAAAAUAAUCUGCAUGUUUGAAUUAAAGUGAGCUUUUGAGCUUUGUUGACCUUAACAUCUUAGUAAAGAUA